UCCUCACCCUCCCGCCUGGGUCUCCUGCUGCCAGUAUGGCGGCUCCCUGUGUCUCCUGCGGCGCAGCGGUUUUCUACCGGAUCUUUCUCGGAGGUAGGGUUAGCCUUGCCCGCAGACAAGGCGUCUGGAAGGCCGCGGCUGCAGAGUUGCAGAUAGGUGCCGGGUCCCAGAUAUUAAGGCUGAGACACACCACAGGUGUAACAACAAAGAAAAAUGUUGCAGCCUUAAGACGUGAAACCUACACAGUGGAGUUUAUUAAAAAGCAGAUUGAAGAGUUCAACAUAGGAAAGAGACACUUAGCCAACAUGAUGGGAGAAGAUCCCGAAACUUUUACGCAGGAGGAUAUUGAUAGAGCUAUUGCUUACCUUUUUCCAAGUGGUUUGUUUGAGAAGCAAGCCAGGCCCAUAAUGAAGCAUCCUGAACAGAUUUUUCCAAAACAAAGAGCGAUCCAGUGGGGAGAAGAUGGCCGUCCAUUUCAUUUUCUCUUUUAUACUGGCAAACAGUCAUAUUAUUCAUUAAUGCAUGAAGCAUAUGGAAAGCUACUAGAUAUAGAAAAACGUCAGAAUCAGUUGCAAGCCAAAGGUCUAUUUUCAGAAAACACUAAAACAAAAGACCUGAUUGGCAGCAGAUGGCUGAUUAAGGAGGAACUAGAAGAAAUGUUAGUGGAAAAACUGUCAGAUCAAGAUUAUGCACAGUUCAUCCGGCUGUUAGAAAGGUUAUUGACAGUGCAGUGUGGUGCCGAGGAAGAAUUUGUGCAGCAGUUUCGUAGGAGUGUAACCAUUCAAUCAAAAAAACAGCUGAUUGAACCUUUGCAGUAUGACGAGCAAGGAAUGGCCUUCAGCACAAGUGAAGGUAGAAGAAAGAGUGCAAAAGCAGAAGCCAUUGUUUAUGAGCAUGGAAGUGGAAGAAUAAAAGUAAAUGGAACCGAUUAUCUGCUUUACUUCCCAGUGACGCAGGACAGAGAACAGUUGAUGUUCCCUUUCCACUUCCUGGACCGGCUUGGAAAACAUGAUGUGACCUGCACCGUGUCGGGUGGUGGGCGGUCUUCGCAAGCUGGAGCCAUACGCUUGGCAAUGGCAAAAGCUUUGUGCAGUUUUGUCACCGAGGAAGAGGUCGAGUGGAUGAGACAAGCUGGACUGCUGACCACCGACCCACGUGUCAGAGAGCGGAAGAAGCCGGGCCAGGAGGGAGCCCGCAGGAAGUUCACCUGGAAGAAGCGCUGAGCGCCCUUGCAUGGGCCAGGCCAGGAGAUGCCGCGCAUGUGUGCCCGCAUGCGGCAGACAUCCGAGAAAGUUUUGCCAGCCACCGGGAGGGCAGCACUUUUUGGGCGUUUGAGUUGUGGGGAUGAUUUAUUUUUAAAUGCUACUUUGUAAAGGUUACCUUGUAAAUAAAAUUUUUAAAACAUGUUUA